AUGGCUCAAGAGUGCGUUGCAUAUCCUGGUCCAGGAAACGGCUUGUAUGAGGUCCAUGCUGUCAUUUGUUCGACGGAAACAGAGCUCAAGCACGCAUUGCCACCUAUACAAAUUCGACUCAUGGGUGAGGGAUCAACUCUCGGAGCCUCGGAACGCCAGGUCUAUACCGAAACUUCUCAGCGAAUGAUUCACGCCAAGCACAUUCAAUUGACUGAAGAAGAUGGAAUUCAACUGCUCGAGAUCAUUCUGCGAGACCCCGAGACUGGCAUUGAAGUGCACUGUCUCUACCGUACAUCUGCAGAUAUUCCCAUCAUCCUCUCAGCCACCAUUGUUGAAAACAAGGGCUCAAAGGAUAUAUACCUCGAGACAGUGGCCCUUAGCAUGCUCAAGCAUCGACGUGCCUAUUCAGCCUAG